GCAAUUGAUCUUUUUGCUCUCUCUUGCCUCAAGUAAGAGCUAAAAAUCGGGCGACCUCCUUCCACGUAAGUUGUCUACCAACGACAUCCAUACUCCGAGUCCUCUCCACAAAUAGCCUGGGGCGUCGCAAAACCCAACCCUACACAUAUAACGCGUCAUGCCGAAACGCAAACGCGACGACGACGUCUCAGUCGACGCCCUCUUCUCCCGUUUCCGCACCGACCUGUUUCACGCCCUCAAGACCGCCAAAGGCUUCACGCGGCAGCGCCAAUCAAAGCGCCUGCGCGACUCCAAGUCAACGCCUGACAAGAAAGCUCGAAUUGAGAAGGAGAUUGCGGUCCUCAAGUCGCUCGAUCUCCGCCAGACCGCGCACGCCCAUCUCUGCUCGUCGCUGCUCAAGAUCAAGGCGAUUGCCGACUCGGACAAGCUGCCAGACGAAAUACGAGCGGGAGUACCCAAGCCUGAGCUGACAGAGGAGGAGAAAGCGCUGCUGCACAAUGUGACGAGCGCGCUGUAUAACCAGGCAAAGGUCAAGGCGGUGGUGGAGAAGGCGGUGGAGGCUGUUUGCGAGGCCUUGGGGGUGCCGGUGCCGGAGAAGAAGGGGCGGGUGAGGAAGAAAGACAAGGGGGGCGCCGAGAGCAAGGCGAAUGGCGAGGAACAGAGCAGAAAGGAGGAGCAACGGACCGAAAAGAGCAAUGGGGUAAAAGAUGAAGUGGAUGAUGGCGAGCCAGGGAACAACCACGGUAUGGGGAAGAAGGAUAAGAAGCGAGGGCAGGACAAAGCUGGGCUCGGUGACGGCGAGGAGGAGGUGGACGGCGACGACAGCGACGAGGAGGAGGAGGAGCGAGCUGUUUCCCAACUGGAUAGGUUCCUCGGCUUGGAUUCCGACGAGGAGGCUGAUGAUGACGAGGAAGAGAUGCUCGUCAAGGGUAGGACGAGGAAAGCAAAUGCGGUCAGGGACUUGGAUCCCAUGGAAAUCACAACGGAUGAAGAAGGCGGGGACGAUGACGACGACGAUGCCGACGACCUGGAUCCUAUGGAGAUUACAUCCGAUGAGGGACAAGAGGGCGGUUCCAGCGAAGACGAGUUCCACGGUUUCAGCGAUUCGGCGCAUGAGAUGCAGGACAGCUCUUCCAGCGAAGACGAGGACGAUGCUGGCGCCUCUGAGACCGGAAGCUCCGCAUCUUCAAUAGCCCGCUCGCCCCCAACAAAGAAGAUCGCGGCGUCCAAGCAGGCUGGGAAGGCUGCGAAGGCUCUCAAACCUAUGGACUCGACGUUCCUGCCCACUCUGAUGGGUGGCUACAUCUCUGGCUCUGAGUCGGAGGCGUCCGACAUUGAUGUUGCUCCGCGACGCAAGAACCGCCGAGGACAGCGGGCACGACGAGCGAUAUGGGAGAAGAAGUAUGGAGAGAAGGCAAAGCACCUGCAACAACCCGCCAAGGGCCGGGAUGCUGGCUGGGAUCUCAAGCGGGGUGCUGUUGACGGCGACUCGAAGCCGUGGAAACGCGGCAUCCGCAACCCCUUGCUAGACAAGAAGCCCUCAGGGGCAGGCGAAGCCAAGGAGGCCGCCCCGAAGAAGGAGCCGCCGCAACGGAAGCGCGAUGACACCGGUCCCCUGCAUCCGAGCUGGGAGGCGCGACGGCAGGCUAAGGCCAAGCAGCAGCUCUCGGUGCCGUUCCAAGGGAAGAAGAUCACGUUUGACUGAGGCGGAACGGCGUCAAUUGAAGCCAUCGGGGUAGGAAUUGCCCUAAGUGUAUGUUCUAAUGCGCAAUUCGGAACGCCCUGCUCCCUGAAACCAGACCCGGGUAUCAACAUUAGAGUCCCGCGUCUGAACCCCCCCCAUUGAACGCCUCGUAGCGUAAAUAAACUCGAGACGAAAGUCCGAUCGAUUGGACGCCUGCAAAGAACACCCCGUCUGAGGCAGCCUCGUCUCCCGUGACCGCCAGCCGC